AUGCAGGGCCAUGGAAGGUCCUUGAAACUCUUUCUUGCAUUUGCGCUGCUUUUGCUACAGUAUGCCCAAGGAGGAGAGGUGGACCACAAUCAGAGGGAUACUAACGUGACAGGGAGGUGCAUAGAGAAGGAAAGGAAAGCACUCCUUGCAUUCAAGCGUGGCCUGGUGGAUGAUUACAAUCUCCUCUCUUCAUGGAGUUCCGAAGCCCAAAAACAAGAUUGUUGCAGAUGGAUAGGAGUCUCUUGUAGCAACCAAACAGGUCAUGUUGUUGGACUUGAUCUUUCAAUCGAUGUUCUCGGCGGAUUUGACAUUUUGCAAGGUAAGAUGAUUAGUCCUAAACUGAUUGAGUUGCAGCAUUUACAACAUUUGGACCUCAAUGAGAUUAAUUUCACUGGGAGCCAAUUUCCAAAUUUCAUUGGUUCUCUAACCAAUUUAAGAUACCUUGAUCUUUCUUCGACUAAUUUGGGAGGCAAGUUUCCAAGUCAAGUCGGAAAUCUUACGAACUUGGUGUAUCUGGACUUAAGCGUUAAUCGCUUUACAAAUGUAGAAAAUCUCAACUGGCUUCCUCUUCUUUUGUCAUUAAGAUAUUUGGACUUGAGUUUCGCGAAUCUCAGCAAUGUUUUCGAUUGGCCGGAAGCCGUAAAUAAGCUUCCUGAACUAACAAACUUGACACUACAGGAAUGUGAUCUUCCUUCUCCAAUUCUUUCCACUAUUUCUUACAUAAACUCUUCUAAAUCUCUUGCUAGCGUUGACCUUUCUUUCAACCAUUUAAGUACUUCUUCAAUAUUUCUAUGGUUGUCCAACAAUAAUACCAGCCUUGUUCAUUUUGACCUCUCUUUUAACCAACUAGCGGGUUCAAUUCCUGAUGUUUUUGGAAACAUGAGCUCUCUGGCACAUCUUGAUCUCUAUUCUAACCAACUUGAAGGAGGGGACCUGCAUUCUUUUGCCAGGUUAUGUAGUUUGCAAUAUUUGGAUCUCUCAAGCAAUAAUCUAAGUGGACAACUUUCUAAGUUUGUUCAAAUAUUAUUCUCUACAUGUGCUCAAAACUCAUUGGAGGAGUUGUAUCUCUUUGAGAAUGAUCUUGCAGGGUCAUUACCUGAAAGUAUAGGGCUAAUGUCUACGCUCCAAAUUAUUGAUUUUAGCAUGAAUUCUUUGGAAGGAGUGAUUUCAGAAACUCAUUUCUCAAAACUCUCCAAAUUACAGCAUUUGGAUUUAUCUUCUAACUCACUAGUUUUAAACAUCCAUGCUGAUUGGAUUCCUCCCUUCCAAUUGGACUUCAUAAAUUUGGGGUCUUGCAAGAUGGGUCCGGAUUUCCCAAAGUGGCUUCAAACUCAAAAAAAAUUGUCAUACCUUGAUAUUUCUUAUGCUGGAAUUUCCGACAUCCUUCCAAGUUGGUUUUGGAGUUUAUGUCGUAAUGUGGAAUUUAUGAAUCUCACAAGCAACCAAAUUAGAGGUACAUUUGCAAAUUUAACAUUGGAAUUUUCAUAUUUCCCUGAACUACAUCUGAGUUCGAACAAGUUGGAAGGUCCAAUCCCCUCAGUUCUAUCAACAACCUCAUAUCUGGAUCUUUCUUAUAAUAAACUUUCAGGGUCAAUUUCGUUCUUGUGUUCAAGUGCAGCUAUUUAUUUAAGCUUUCUUGACCUCUCAAGCAACAAUGUUUCUGGACAAAUUCCAGAUUGCUUGGCACAUUUGGAGAAUCUAGUCAUGCUUGAUUUGAGUUACAAUGCUUUGUUCGGGAAAAUUCCUACAACAAUAGGCUCUGUAUUUCGGAUUGAAACACUCAAAUUAAGAAGCAAUAGAUUUGUGGGCCAAUUGCCUUCGUCGUUGAAGAAUUGCACAAGUUUAGUAGUUAUUGAUGUUGGGGAUAAUAAAUUAUCCGGACCGAUACCUGAAUGGUUAGGGGUUAGCUUAAAGAAUUUGGUUAUCCUGAUGCUUUCGUCUAAUCACUUCAAUGGAAGCCUGCCCUCACAAUUAUGCCAUCUAACACACAUUCAAAUUUUGGAUUUCUCUAUGAACAACAUAUCUAGAAGCAUACCCAAAUGCCUCGACAAUCUGACUACUCUAGCUCAGAUAGGACAUUCAGGUCAGGAAAUCACACAUUCUUUCGGAAAUUCAAAUUCAACGUAUCAAUACGAGGAUGAUGCAACAUUCAUAUGGAAAGGAAGAAUGCAGACAUACAAAAACACUUUGGGGCUUGUGAAGAGAAUUGAUUUGUCAAGCAAUAGAUUAACAGGGGAGAUUCCAUGUGAAAUCACUCAUCUUGUUGGGUUGGUUUCUUUAAAUCUAUCGAGAAACCAAUUAACAGAUCAAAUAACUCCAAAGAUCGGAAACUUGCAGUUACUGGAUUCUCUUGAUUUGUCAAGAAACCAUAUAGACGGAAGAAUUCCAACAAGCCUUGCUCGGAUAGAUCGUCUUAGUUUCUUGGACUUGUCAUAUAAUAACUUGUCUGGCAAAAUUCCAAUUGGGACUCAGCUCCAAGGCCUUGAUCCCUCUGUUUAUGCUGGGAAUCCUCAACUUUGUGGGCCUCCACUUAAAAAUAUGUGUGUUGAUGAAAAGGAAAGAGGUCCAAGUGGGCAAACUGACUUCAUCAACCAAGAGGACAAGGAUGAGCUAAUAACACUGGGAUUCUACAUUACUAUGGGGAUUGGAUUUGCUGUUGGAUUUUGGGGAGUUUGCGGCACCUUGAUAUUUUCAAAGUCGACCCAUGGAGAUACGCAUACCUGA